UGCGGCGGACACCGCGAUCGUAGGAGCGUAUCGAGGUACUGGUGCUGUAAGUGACGUGCCAUCAAAGGAAUUAGAGGCGCCACUAUCCCAGGAGGAUAUCGAGUUUUCUGGGGUAUCGGGAUACAUUGUCUACGAGAGGUUGGUUCAACACAAACCGGGCUCAAAGAGUCUGGAUAAGAACCUGGGUUACCAGCCUGAAAGAUAUCAACAAAAGGAAGUACACUAUUUUGGGUCUAAAACCUCACCGAAAAUGACAUUGGUCGUCUUGGUUGCUCUGGAGUUCCAGUCGCAUAAGGAGAAUAUUGUUCGUAGGGCGUCACUGAUGGAGAAAAGGACUGUGGCAGCCUUUAAGACACAAAGCGCCGAGGCCUACAAACCCAGCGAGAAAAGUCUCGUAAAGACGCUAGGGGAGGAAAACAGAAGAAGGGCAAGAUCUCGGGCAACUUUCCCUGUUUAUAUAUAUCCUCCGAACAGCACCGAGGGCUCCCGAGGCUCCUCUGUAAAUAUGUGUGACUCAUUUGCCAGUGGUCAAGGGUCGGACAACGUAAACGCGGGCCGGUCAAACAUUUGCAUGGAGACCUUGUCAAGACGUGAGGAAGAUGCGUUGAUGAAGUCUACAAAGGCGAGAGCGCUGAAGGAAUGCGACGACAUAGUUAAAGUGCUGAGCAGUCUGGCCGGAUAUUGUUUCGGUGCCGUGGAUGUCUCGUUGCCUCACAUACUCUCUUCUCAACUCCUCCAUCCGUUCAGGGCUCGUACUACACGACAGGACGAUUUAGCAACACAUCCACCGGUACAAUAUACGACACUUACUAUGAUUUCAUACAAUUCUGGACUGCUUU